UGUUUUCAAAUACUAUACACAGUUGCCCUCGAGACUGGCAUCAAUAUCAUUGAAUCGAGUAAAUUCGAACGUCCGUAACAAAAAUUUAAAAAAUUGAUGUAUAUCUAGUCUUAUAGAAUACUCAAUGAUCGUCGCUGCAAAUAGUUUAUCCAAGCUUAAUUAACGAAUUCUGAAACACUUGUGAUAUUUCAAUCGUUAAUUGCUGUUGUAAAUAUAUAUGAAUCGUGUAUCAUAAUUUCGUUCAAAUAGCAAUAAAAAUCGACAGUGCGACGACUCCGAAUGCGAUAUCGAUGAUGAUGACUUCUACAUUUUAAUCAGACAAAUAAGGUUUUUGUUCAAAAUGGAUGAAAUUAUUUUUGAUCAGACUACUAUAGAGGACAUGACAGUUAUGUUAACAGUGUUACAGCAACAAUAUGGCCAAUUAAAACUUUUCUCGUCUCGAGCUUUGCAGCAAAGCUCAUGCUUCAUUGACGAAAUAUUAAGAAUAAUUACUUCCUUUUUGGGAAAUCGACUCAGAAUGUAUGAUAUUAAGAUUUCCAGCGAUCUCAAAAGGAAAUCUAGUUAUUUGUCAACUUUCGCCAAAUGUUAUAAUUAUUUGUUAUUGAAUACGAAUUUUACCUCGCAGUCCCUUCUUAAACACGACUUGCUAUUUGGCCAUGCAGUCGGUAUCUGGCCUACUCUAUCACCUUAUCUGUUCAUACAGAUAAUAUGGCAUUCUAAAUGCGAGGAUUUGCUGAUUGAAUCGCUCAUUCACAUACCAUUAGAUCUAUGCAUAGAGAUCUUGGACAUAACAUUUAAACACAUAUCCGAACUGACAAUCACACGAGCUAAACGAUUUAUUUUCCAUCUAAUCUAUAAAUUAUAUAAUAAAUGCUUAUGGUUGCACUUAGGCACCAUAUCAGCAGAAAAUGUGACGAAAAGCUUUCAGAAAUUAUUAAUGUAUUUUGAAAUAUUAUUACAUUUGAUUAUCAAUCCCAUUAAUGUCACUCAUAAUUUACUUAUUGAGGAGUACUUACAACAUGGUAUUUUAGUAAAGAACAUACUUCAUUGUAUCAAGAUGUGCAUGUAUAGCAAAAUCAAAAAUUACUUAGAAAAUUAUAAUUUAACAAGAUUUUUCAGGCUUACAUAUGGCAACUACUAUAAUAAUUAUGCGAAGUAUCAUCAAACGUUUUCUGUCAGCGAGAUAAAAUCUAUUAUAGUAAGAUUAGAUCAUAAAUUGGCCACUGUACUUCUGAACCAAAUCAGGUGCAUUAAUUAUUUCGAAUACAGAGUUUGGAAGUCUGUCUAUGCUAAUGAGAUCACUGUGAUCUCUCUACAUCGUUCUAUCAUUAUAGACUGUCACGAUCUUAAAGAAUUUAUGAAACAGAAUGAUUUUUUGAUAAAAAACGAGCAAACAUACUUUUGCCUGAAGCGACUUAUAGAUUCAAGAAAAUCUGAAGAAUAUAUUUUAACUAUUCAAGAACUCUGUCAUAGAAUCACCGAAGGCAAACUACAUGGUAUGAAGGAAUUAAUUAUGCGCUAUGAAGAGUGGGAACUAUCAAAAAAGUAUCAAGUAUAUGUAUCGGUAUUGAAAAUAUUGAAUCAUCUAAAAGAACAUGAUUUACACUUCGUUAUAUUAAAAUACAUGAAGCAACACUUUGAUGACAAUUGUCUAGAAGAUCUAUAUAAUGAAAAGUCCUUUGACGCAUUUAUAUGGCGAAAUUUACUUGUUGAAAAAUUCAAUGACUCACAAUCAAUGAGGAAUGCUAUCGCUCAGAGAUGUCAAUAUGAUAUAUUACGCAUAUCGAUUAUGGAUCAGUUCCGUGUGGAGCCGCUUGAUAUAACGAAAGCAUGGCAUGGAAUGAAUGCGCUAAAUAUAAUUCAGGAAUACGAGAAACGUUAUAUUGUUAUAUGUCGACAAUUACGCGUAAAUCCACGAUGUCAUCCCGAGUUGCGCAAUUAUGUGCAAUCUUUUAGUCUCGAUCGAGAAGCUUUUAUACGUCAUAUGAUAUUGCAUUGCAUCGGAGAGGAAUACACGACAUUUAUGUGCGACUUGAUACUCAUAUUCUGGUAUUAUCUUGGUUGGACUGACGAAAUGAUGGCAUACGAAAACAUAAUGCGCAUCACCAUCGAUGUAUCGCAAAUCGCUUUGAUGUAUUAUGAAAUGUUUCCCAAAGACACUUUUGUAAUGCUGCUAUUUGCAAUCGUACACUUGAGCAGGAACGUCGCAAAAAAUUUGUCACUCGACAAAUAUAAAGCUAUCCGAAGUAUCCUGUUAAAGACUUUGUCUUCCAUGAGUCAUAUGGCCAACAGGACGCAAUAUAGAGAUUCAUACAAUGAUCUGCUCAAAUAUAUUCAAGAAAUAGACCCAUACAUAAGUAGACGAAACUACUUCAAAACGAUUUCCUAUAAGAUUGUUACGUUCUUAGAAACAUACGAACAUUUAGAGCCAUAUUUAUAUGAAGACUGGUUUCUCUCUGAUAUAACUUAAAUUUGGAGAGACUCUACUGGCUGCACUUUUCGAUUUAAUACAUCACAUGAUGUAUGACAACCAACAAUGUCACAUGUAUUUAUUUCAUCGCUGACGAUGGUUCGAAUGGAAUUCGGAUGGCUGAAAUAUUCGAUCGAUAUUUUAUGUAGAUUUGAAAUAUACUAAUGUGAAAAUCAAACAACCAAUCAAACAACUUCUGCGCUAUUAUUGCUCUCAAUC